AUGUCCGCCUUCACUUGAACAGCUUGUCCUUGUGCAAUUGAAAAAUUUGUUAAAACUAAGACAUGCGCUCUCGACAUUCAAAAGGCCGGCAUUUAAAUCUGCAAAUCCCUUGAUAAUGUGAAAGUACCGCCACUCUUUGAACUCCGCCGCCGCCGCGCAACGUCCUCGCCUCCUCCUCGUCCAGCAAACGUUGUUGCUGUGUUUCCUGCGCUGUGUGCUAGCGCUAUGCCGUGCUGUUGCGCUUAUAACUGCUGCAAGAAGCCAGAAGAUGGUAUUGCAGUUUUUGUGAUACCGCAAGGAAAGCGUGACGUCUUGCGCAGGAGGCAGUGGCUGCUGAACAUUGGCCGAAAGGACUUUGUUCCGACAAGGAACAGUGUUGUUUGCGAGCUACAUUUCACUGAAGACCAAUUUGAGCCACACAUAUUACGAGUACUUGGGAAAAAGAAGCUGAAGCCCAAUGCGGUUCCAACAGUUUUCGACCGCGGACCUGUUGUGAGGCACAAGAAGCCCCCUCGACAGAGACGUGAACCUCGAACUGACAGUACCAACGACACUAUGACCCUUGAUGCAGAGCCUGUCGCUACAGGGUGUUUGCCCGAAAAUGACAAGGCGUCGGAAAUAGGGCCUGCUGCUUCUCCAAGUGAAAUCAGCUCUCCAUCUCAGGACUGCUGUGACGUGCCUGGUGUGUGCCACGAACCAGUUUUGAUGAACGCGCAUGCGGCCACCAUCUGCUUUCCUGAAGACUGCGUUGCGUCACCAAUAGGGCCCACCACUUCUCCAAGUGAACCCUGCUCUCCAUCUCAAGACUGCUGCGACCUACCUGUUGCUUGUCAUGAACCGAUUUUGACCAAUGGUCAGUCUCAUGAAGCCAGAGGAAUACCAUGCGGUUCUGCUGCUAGGCAAGAUGCAAAUAACGUCGGGUCUCACACAUGACCAUUCAUGCUGUGAUGUCUUGGGCGCACCCACACUGCCUUUAUCUGAUGGUUCGUUGCCCGACGAUCGCUUGGCAACACACAUUUUGGUAUUCAUGCUCGGACAUCUUUCCACUAGGUGGAAGCAAACCAUCGCAUAUCACCUGACUGGCAACUGUAUUCACGCUGCCAGCUAAGCUCAAGUAGUUGACCUAAUUACCGCACGCGAGUCCAUUGGCCUCAGUAUUCAUGUUGUGUCUGACAUGGGCAGUGCAAAUUGGGCACUUUGGAAGCUCUUCGGAAUUACUGUCUGAAAGCACAGCAAACUGCGAACCAGUUGCCCUCACCUCUAUGACCCACAGAGAUAGCUUUGGUUCAUGGCUGAUGUACCUCACUUGCUAAAAAAUCUAACAAAUCAUUUGACUGAAGGUUAGCUCAUUAUCAACCCGAAGAAAUUGUUAAGAAACAUGAUUUGCCGACAAACUGCGUGAACAUAUAUGGAGUUUAUAAGGGCCCUUGUGCGGCACGACAAGACGGAUGACAUAAAACUUGCGCCGCACUUGAUUGCUUCUGUUCUUGAUCCAAAUCAUUACGAUAUAAUGGAAGUAAGCCCGGCUUUUUCUCAUUUUCAUAACGACGCGGCUUCUGGUUUGCGUUUGCUGGAGGAGCAGAGAAAAAUUUUCAGAAACGCAUAUACUACUGCAUGGUUCGUUGAAACUGUGUUUAGGUGGUUUCGCCUCAUGACGUCACGAACAAUGAACCUUGCUUUCAGCCAUUUGGUUGAGAAAAAUCAUCAGGACAGUUGCAUUUUUGAAUGCGACAGCCGAAUUGUUCUAAAAAAUUCUUAUUGGCAGUGAAAACAGCUGUUUGGAAGCCUGUAGAAACAGGCAUCAUUCGACAAGAAGAGCUCUAGAAGUCCAAGAUGUACUUCUCGGCAAGUACAACUUUGAGUAUGUGUUCCUAAGCAGAUUAAGCCAAGAUGGCCUUGAAAACUUCUUCUCCAUCCUGCGUGCGAAAAACCCUGUACCGCGACUAUAUGAAUUUAAAUGCAGCUUGAGGAGCGCAACACUAGCGCAAUUCCUCAAGCCCAGAAAGCAUGGUAGCUGUUUUGAGGAGAAAGGCUAUGUGGUAAAAAAUUUGUGGAACACAAGUGACGCAAAACUCAAGACAAGCACCAUUCAAGCUAUAGAAGACCUGGAUUUAAGUCCUGAAGUAGAGUAGUUGAUAGCAUACCUUACGGGCUACGUAGUUUCAAGGCUGAUAAAGCGAAUACAGUGUCAAGAGUGUCACAAUUCACUGGUUGAUAAUGGCACACCUAUCAAGUUGAUACAACUGAAAAAUUUUUCUGAGCACCGUCUGACUACUCAGUCACAAGGAGUGAUUGAGGUGAUCAAAGUUGUUGAGAGCUACUUCUGCAAUAACAAAGAAGCACUAAUUCAGUAAAUGUGGCAGAGGUGCAGCAAAGCAUUAGUCGAAGCUUUUCCACACGAACAUGCUUUCCUUCAUGUCACAAUGUGACACCUAAUAUUGUUCAAAAAUUUUGCAAAGUGUGCAUGGAGGUUCUUGUGAAAACGGAAGCUUCAAAAAAUUUUAUAUUGCUGGAAGCUCAAAAUGUGCCAGCAAAAGUAUGGAAACGCUAGCUGCAGUGUCCACCAUCAAGUGAGGUGGUGGUGAGUGGAUAUGCAAUACAUAAUUAAAGGGGCUGCAGCUGCCUUUAUAUUAAGUUGUAUACUUUACCUAAGCCUUCGAAGGAGGCUUAGCAGUCAAACGUCAGAGUCACUAUGCCACUGAUACGAGUUAAGGCAGCCUUUUUGUGCACACACACAUAUACUGCUAUUUUCUAAAUAUCACUUGCGCUUUUCGUCUGCUACAGUCAUAUACAGCUCAAAAAUGAAGCCAGAGGGCCUCCUUCAAUUCUGUGAAUGGCAGUGACCAAUUGUAAUGAUGCUGCGGUUAAUCCAAUUUCGCAGAAGCCCCUACCUGCGAUUGGACCAAGGUUUUUUUUUUUUUUUUUUUUUACUGGGAUUUCUUCCAUCUGCAGUGUUGUUUUCAUUGCAACAGAGCCGCUAUUUGCAAAGGACAAGCUCUUAGCGCAAGAUCCCAUUGUCCGUCAACUUUCGGGCACUCUGAAACUGCUGCAUAGUGUAUAAAACGAUGCUGUUUUGUGCCAUGACACACUGUUACCACUCUUGUGUUUUCUUGAGCAAGUCUUUUUCUCAGCUGCCAUCCAUACUGCAUAGCAUAUUUCUACAAUAGCAUUGAUUCUGAUGCUGAAUAUUAUAUGAUACUCUUCUCGGUUACGUAUAUCUUGUCAACCAACGUUUUUGCGCAUGCAUGAAAAUAAAACAUCAUGCUGACCAUGCUCUUUGAUUUUUGUUGUGAUAAAUUUUUUGUGAUGCCUAAUCAAAAUCACAAUUUUAACUCUGCUACUACAUAAUGUAAUGGCAUUUCGGUGUGAACUGUCAAAAUACGUCAUCCAGAGGUGUUUCUCUUGCCUAAAAAUAUAAAAUGCCUUCUUCUGCCAUAGGUAUAACGAGUAUUUUUUGAAGGCUUCCUUGACACCGACGCCUAAAGAGUAUUCCGUAAAUACUCUUCCUAAGCUUGUGUUGUUAUGGUCGAUGAGUGGUUGCCGGCACAGCUUGAUUGCGCUGAAAUUGCGCAACUGUCCUAUUCAGUUUAGAGACCACGGCCCAAAAUCUACUUUCACAUUGAGAAGACAAACACACGGACACAUGAUGCACUCGCGGCUAAUUCAUUAUAAGAAUUACGGCACGCUGAAUAUAGUACCCGUGGUGCACAUGCGAGCUCAGGCAAGAAAAAAAAAAGCCAAACACAGAGGGAUGUGCCCCAAGCAAAAUUUGGAGGAUGCUUAAGCUUUGCCUUUAAGGAGUGGAACACAAUAGCAUACAAAUAUCCCUGACUGCUUCUCAUGCUUCCCGGCAACUGUAGCUUAUGCAACCUUAAUGUUUGCCGGGAAACGCUAUGCACGUAGGCGAGCUUUCUUGUAGAAACACGGCCUCUUUUCAUGUAGCCAGAUACAUCCAUUACAUGUGCAUAAUAUGGUACACCUUGGACAUUCAAUACGUCCAUUAGAUAUCCAGAUUUAUCCAGAAAACGUCGUACGGAUGUACAAUCCCAAAGGAAAAAGAUUAGCACAAGUGACUGGCGGUGGCACGAUCACGACACGUGGCGCCAUUGACUGGUGGCUGGAGUGGCAAAAUCGCGACACGCUUUUUUAACUGCCACCCCUGCUUUGGAAAAUGGAAUGUGCCGCUCCGGCCACCGGUCACUUGUGCCGUGUGUCAUGAUUUUGUUGCUCCGGUCACCAGUCACUUGUGCCACUCGUCGUGAUCUUGCCGCUCCGGCCGCCAGUCACUUGUGCUAACGGAUGUGCUUUGUACUAUUUCUGGCUGUUUCUUAUAUAUUCGUCAUGCAUGCAUGCACUGCGUCUUUUCAAUUUGUUGUCCCAGACUGCCCCGGACAGCUUGAGACGCUAUUACAGCCAGUGAGCGUUCGCGUAUGCAGCAUCUCGGACAGUCCUGGAUUGUUAGGGACAACAAAUCAAAGUGCCACUGCUACUAAGCCAAGAAAAACUCGAGUUGUCAACACCAGCAUCUUUAUUGUGAAACCUCUUAUUGGUAUCAACCUUUUGCCAAGUAUGUAAUGAUCUACACAAUAGACAGAGUGAAAUACAAUGGCAGACUGCAGACAUUACAAACAAAAUGGCUGCACAUAAUGAAAAACUGCCUCUGUUGUCUCAUGGAAAUAAAGUGUACACUAAAACUCAUCAUAAUACCAUCUCUUGGUUUCUGAAAGAAUGCACGAACCAAUACAAAAAUAUCGCAUAAGCAUAACAGCUAAGCAUACACAUACUAAAGGAUAAAUAGAAUGACAGUAAAAGCAACACUUGAAAAGCAACAGUUCUCUCAUAAAAACCAAGACGAUUUCUUAGGUGAGCAACAGCACAGUGCUAGCUGCACUCCCUCCAGUAAAAUAGAACAAAGGACACAUCAUGAAACUUCUCAUUAACAAAACAGACGCAGAAUUCACAUAUAGAAACAUCAAAGCACUAUUUGACUAGCCUUGUAUUCAUCAAAAAGGAAUAGAGAUAACGUAGUGAAACAAAGGAGAGCUACAGCUGAAGGCCCAAAACCACCAAUAAGUUUUUGUACAGUGAUAAAUUAUGCAGGAAGCAGACAACAUCCUGCAGCAGAAUUCGGAACAGAGCCUGCUGCAUGAAAAAUAUUUUUAACAUAUUGUUCUCACUGAUGACACAGUGCGAACGUUGCACCAACUACAGGCACCAACUGUGCAGCAUCCUCCACGUCAAAACCAUAGAAGUGCGUAUACAGUACGAAAGAUGUGUGUGACCUGCAAUGCAUGUCUAAAGUACAAACUUUAUGAACGUUCCAUGGAUGUCUAAAACGUUGUGCAAUGUAUGUCUGAAGUACCGUUUCCAGAGACGUUCUAAGGACAUUGAAAAUUUUGUCCGCUGUACGUCUGAUGAAUGAACUAAAUGGAUGUGCAAUGGACAUACAAAACUUUGAUGCCAUGUACGUCCCUUAGAUGGAUGUGCAUGUAAAGGAUGUCUAUAGGACAUCCCAUUUUUUGCUGGAUGUUUGGAUCAAUCCGGAGAUCUUUUGGAUGUUUGUGGCUACCUGGGUUGAGUGGGCUGAACCAGGAGGUAAUGCACAGCCGCGCCAUAAAAGCUACGCCAUUUUCAGGUAUCUAUUAUUGUUUCGCACUUGUAAUAUUUAAGUCUGAGAAGAUU